ACCAUCGCGCCUGCGCCAGCGCCGGCUGAGAGGCUGGGGCCGUGGCGGCUUGUGCCGGGUGAUGCUAGGCGGCUCCCUGGGUUCCAGGCUGCUGCGAGGUGUGGGUGGGACUCGAGGGCCGUUCGGGGCUUGGGGUGUCCGUGAAGCUGGCGCAGCCAUGGCGGCGGGGGAGAGCAUGGCUCAGCGGAUGGUCUGGGUAGACCUGGAGAUGACAGGAUUGGACAUUGAGAAGGACCAGAUUAUUGAGAUGGCCUGUCUGAUAACUGACUCUGAUCUCAACAUUUUGGCUGAAGGUCCUAACCUGAUUAUAAAACAGCCAGAUGAGUUACUGGACAGCAUGUCUGAUUGGUGUAAGGAGCAUCAUGGGAAGUCUGGUCUAACCAAAGCAGUGAAGGAGAGUACAAUGACACUGCAGCAGGCAGAGUAUGAAUUUCUGUCCUUUGUACGACAGCAGACUCCUCCGGGGCUCUGUCCACUUGCAGGAAAUUCAGUUCAUGCAGAUAAGAAGUUUCUUGACAAAUACAUGCCCCAGUUCAUGAAACAUCUUCAUUAUAGAAUAAUUGAUGUGAGCACUGUUAAAGAACUGUGCAGACGCUGGUAUCCAGAAGAAUAUGAAUUUGCACCAAAGAAGGCUGCUUCUCACAGGGCACUUGAUGACAUUAGUGAAAGCAUCAAAGAACUUCAGUUUUACCGAAAUAACAUCUUCAAGAAAAAAACAGAUGAGAAGAAGAGGAAAAUUAUAGAAAAUGGGGAAAAUGAGAAGACUGUGAGUUGAUGCCAGUUCUCAUGCUGCCACCACGUAGUUGUCUGGAAGGACCUCUGGUCGUUUUUCUGUUUCUUCCCCUGGGCUCACGCUGACUGCUUUGGCAGAGCACCUUCAGUGCACUCGCAUCUCCCGAUUAUUCAAGCACACAGCACCUGGAAAUUAUUUUUCUCCUAACAUGCUGUUUUCAUUUAUGACACAGCAGCUCCUUUGUAAGUACCAGGUCACAUCCAUCCCUUGGUACAUAUCUGUAUUUGCUUUUAGACCAUUUCUUUUGUUUAAAAAAAAAAAAUAAAGCUAGUUCUAUUGAAAUGCAA